AUGUCUGUUGUUUCAGGUCAAUAUGACCUUCAAAUUCGUCACGCCAAAAGCCUCGACGAGGGACAAUACGUAUGUCAACUGCGUUAUGAUCAAAAAACCUACUUCAGUCAAACGGCCGAUGUUCGUAUUUUGGUGGCGUCAGAGAUUCCCACACUGGUUCAGUCCGACAUCCACACUGCCGAGGACGUGAGGCGCGUGGGACCGCAGGUGGCUGCAACAACGACUGAAGGCACCUACCUACGCCUUCAUUGUAUUGCCAAGAAUGGCAAACCAGGCGCUAAACUCUUCUGGACACUGAAUGGAAGCCCCUUUAUAAUUGUUUACAACGAGGACGGAACCAAGGGCAAGAUCACCAGCCCCAUUGAAGGCAACGUGUCAAUCAGGAGCAUACCCGCGUCAGAGCCACCCUUCUUGGUGACAACGGUGAGUGAGAUUAUCGUCUACGUGACAAAACUGCACCACGGCUCGAAUAUUCAAUGUACAGCGCAGAAUGAAGGGUACGAGAACCAGCCCCUUGAACCGGCUUUCACCAGGCUCAACAUACACUAUGCACCGGUUGUAAAAAUGCGAGUUUCUCCGGCCACAGGUCGAAGAAAUUUGUUGGAAAAUGAUGUUGUUACCAUUCGAUGCUCCGCAGAAGGUCGGCCUGAUAAUUUCACCUGGAGUUGGAUGUUGAAUGGUUCGGUGAUUGAAGGCGAGAAAUCUGACCAGUACCGAAUUCGUCUUUCUCGAGACUUGAUCAAUCUGACUGUGGCCUGUGUGGCUUCCACUUUUGCAGAAGGCAGUGAUCAGACAGUACUAACAUUCCACUAUGCACCACAAUUCAUCAAUCCCAAUCCAGUAAUCUACGCCGGUGCGCUGGGGGAGCCGCUGCGAAUGCAUUGCGCGGUGGAGGGUAAUCCGCGGCCGGAGGUGGAGUGGCGUCUCUCCUCCACAACCUCAACAACCUCCGUAGCCACUACUGGCGUUGUUGGCGCCUUCGUGGGGGCAUUGGUGGGACGGGGCGAAACAUUUACGAGGGAGAAAAUUCACGAGAACGAUUUUGGCACCUACAUUUGUACUGCUCGAUCGGUGGGCUUUCCUUCGGUGUCAAAAAAAGUUAUUCUUGCCAAAAAAUCGGCUCCACGGAUUAGACCGACUGAACCGGUGUAUGCGGCCAUCGGAGCACCGGCCAGACUUCCAUGCACAAUUAACGCUAUUCCCUUGCCACCACCGGAGGGGUUGCUCUGGUUUCGUCGCGACAUAGUUCUUCGACCAUCCUCGCAGUAA